AUGGCCCUGCCUGGUUUUAACGUGGUUUCGCCAUUGUGUAUCAAGGGAUCUCCACCCUUAAAAAAAUAUGGUGAUAUCGAAGAGUAUACAGUUGUUACGGAUAAAGUAACCGGGAAGGCCAAAGGCUAUGGCUUUGUUCUUUUCAAGAACCGAAAAAGUGCAAGUACGUCCCUUAAAAAGACACAAAAGAAGAUAGGAAGCCGCAUGGCUACUUGCCAGUUAGCUUCUGCAGGACCUGGUGGACCUAGUAACAACCAGAACACUGCUACACAAAAUACUAUUGGACGAAAGAUCUUUCUUGCAAAUGUUGGGUCCCAUGUGAAUCCCAAUGCACUUAGGUCCUACUUUGCCAAGUUUGGAGAGAUUGACGAAGGGCCAUUGGGGGUUGACAAUGCUACUGUAAAAUUCAAGGGGUUUGCCAUGUUUGUAUACAAGACAGCUGAAGGGUGCAAGAAAGCUCUAGAAGAACCCAAUAAGGUAUACGAUGGUUGUGAGUUGCAGUGCAAACAAGCUGUUGAUGGCCAACGUGGAAAUAAAAAUGCCAAGAAUCUGCCACCAGCUAUGUCUGAUAAUGAGAUUGGAAAUUUGAGUUAUGGUUAUGAUGGACUGUAUGCUCCUCAGCUUAUGAAUCCUGGAGCUGGUGUUAUGGUUGGGCAAAAUCCGAUGUUGGUGUCUGCUUUGAAUCAAAACACCAUGUCCUCAACACCCCAAUCAUACGGGCUCAGUGGUAGUUAUGGAAUGAACACAGUAAGCCCAGGUAUGCUGGCCAUUUAUGGUUCUCAACUUGGGUUACCAGGUAUUGGGACAUAUCAGACGACUCAGAUGGGUCGCUCUUCAUCUAGCACAUCAGAUCUGGCAACUAGGGAGCAUUAUGGACAUGAGUCUUUGGCAUCCAGUUUUUCUUCAUAUCGUGGCCGCUAGUUCGUUAUGAGCUUCCUUUUCAAGUUACAUUGUUUAGGUUUGUUUUAAAAUGUUCUUAUUAU